GCGCCGGGGAACGGAGGCAGCGCGACCUUCGGCUGCCUGGAUGACGGCGCCUACGACAAAAGCGGGAGAGUGAAUGGCAAGGCUGGCAGAGAGAAGCCGAGGUGUCUCCGGAGCCAAGAUGCCAGUGGCUGUCAGCGAAGUCUGCUGAGGGAGAGACCCGUGAGUGCCCGCGUUCCCAGAGCCAGCCGGGGAGGGGAUGUUUUAACCACGAUUUCAAACAGCAGCAGCAGCAGCAGCAGCAGCGGCAGCGGCAGCAACAACAACAACAGAUUGCUCCCCCGCUCUUGCUCCCUCCCUUCCGACCCCGCUUUAAAGCCAAGCAAGUGACCGGCCGUCCAGACGAUGAUGCUCUUGCUGAGCCACUGAGGAGGAAAAGGCAAGUCACCCGUUCCUGAAACCGGGACAGCUGGCUGCUUGCAAGUGGGAGAUGUCAGGCUGCUGAACUUUUCUGUCCUGUGAUGAUGCUGUAGUGAGCUUGCUGAUCUGAAAGCCAUCUCUUCUGGAUUUCUGAGUGGGCCAGAUUGAAAGAGAUUAAUGAACUGAUAAGCCAUCGGGUCUCUUCAGGGGGAUUCAGCCCUUCAGGCCCCGUCACUCGGGUGCUGGCAGUGCGGGGGUCACUGGUGAAAGGCUGUGCUUCUCCUCACCAGGUCUCCUCUGCAGAGGAGAAGAGGCAGAUGAGACUCCAAGACUGCCUCCAGGGCAGAACUUUGUAGUGCUCUCAGCAUCCCUCUGCAGCGUGGAUGUGAGCCACGGGAGUUUGGGAUGUUUGAGGCAGUCUGUGCCAAGUGACACCUAGCAGCUGCUCCGGUGGUUUUUGCGUGGUCUCACCCCCAGCGGCUUUGCCUGUUGUGAAGAUGUCCAUGGUGUUUCUGUGAAGCUGAGGCAUGGCUGCUGGAAGGUUACUGCUCUAUGCUGGCCUCUCUUUAGCUCUGUGUGCCCUUGGCAUGCUGGCUGUGGCAAUCUGCUCUGACCAUUGGUAUGAAACUGAUGCCAGGAAGCACAGAGAGAGGUGCAAGAGCAUCACCACUAAGAGAAAUGAUCCUGGCUUCAUUUAUAACUCCAACAACAACCUGCCUCUCAGGGCCAGCAGGUCUAGGUUGGACCGCUGGGAAGGGAAACUCCUCUUGGCAAGAAACAGGAGGCAGAUCUUUGCUAUGAGCGCAGUCGACGAGUGCAACAGACAGUACAACUCCACCAAUAUGGGGCUCUGGAGGAAAUGCCACCGACAAGGAUUCGACCAGGAGCUGGAGGAGCUGAUUGCCAAAGGAGCAAUUGAGCGGUGCUCGUACAUCAAGUACCACUACUCCUCAGCCACCAUCCCCAAGAACCUUACCUACAACAUCACCAAGACGAUCCGCCAGGAUGAGUGGCAUGCCUUGCAUCUGCGCAGGAUGACAGCUGGUUUCAUGGGCAUGGCUGUGGCCAUCAUCCUUUUUGGAUGGAUUAUUGGCGUGCUGGGGUGCUGCUGGGAUCGAGGCCUUAUGCAGUAUGUGGCAGGGCUUCUCUUCCUCAUGGGAGGAACCUUCUGCAUCAUUUCACUGUGCACGUGCGUGGCUGGAAUCAACUUUGAGCUCUCCCGCUACCCCCGCUACCUGUACGGACUUCCCGACGACAUCAGCCAUGGCUAUGGCUGGUCCAUGUUCUAAAACAAAAUGGACAGAAUGUGUGAGGAAACGUAGAAAAGCAUUUUCUCUUUGCCUGCCAAACUUUAGAGAGAAGCAAACAAGUGAAAAUAAUAAUUAAUAAUAAUAAAAAAAAACCUAAGAAAAUAAAACCAGAAAACAAUAAAAAUCUCCAAGAGGACAUCUCAGCGGACUUUCCAACAAUGCAGUUUUAAUCUUCCAGCUGCCUUACAUCCAGGCUUACAACCGAGGCUGAACUGCUAAUGCAAAUGUGGCAGAAGGCCUUUUGAAAAUGCUGUGAUACAUGUGUGUAUAACUUUUUCUUCCCUCUUACUUAAUUUAUUUUUUUUUAACAAAAAGAAAAAUUUAAAACAUUGCAAUGUGAUUGUCCACUAAACCAUCCAUGCUGUGUUUGUGGCCCAAGACUGAGGCACUGCAGCGGCAGAAGUGUGAGGAAAGCCGUCAGGUCUGAGACAGCGCAUCUUCUCUGGUGGAUUUCAGCAGGUUAUUGUGUUUUUUUUCACGGAGCUUCUAAGAAUUCAGGAUGGUGGAUCCAGGGGAAGACUGACCAAGGAGAAGGGAGGUGGGGGGAGGCCUGGUAGCUGUUCUUCCUGGGGAUUUGUUGGAAUGUGAUUUCAUCAAGUUUCCCACCUGGAUGUUCGAGACAACUGGGAAAAAGCCAUUGCAGAGGAGGAAAAGGGAGCUAAUUUCUGUAGAAGAGAAGUAAGAGAUGCCUCUCAUUGUGUUCAUGUAUGCCAAAUAAGACCUUUCCAUAUCCUGUCUUUGGAAACUGCCCUGGUUCACUGGACAUCUCCUCUCUCCAUCUGAGAGAACUGUGUACAGAUGGACAUGAAAGGGUUAGAUGCAGAGAACAGAGGUCCAUUUCCCAUGAGCUUAAGUAUUGUAUGAUAUAAGUGUGAAUCUGCAAAUGGAACUCUCUUUUUUUGGUCUUUCUCCUUUUCCUGCUACUCCUUUUUCCUACUGUCUCCUUUUUCCUUCCCUCUGCUCUUCCCAUCGUUCAGGUCAUAGAUCCCAGAAGAGCUAAACAAACAGCUAAGUCUGGAGAGGUGGGUGAAUGCCAUUAGGGGAAGACAAGAAUUCUGGCUUUGAGGAUAGUGGGUCCUUGCAGGGUACCAGUGGCUGAGGGCAAGGUGGGGAAGAAGGGCCAAGGGUGUAGCCAAAGGGACUCUGAAGAAGGAUGACUGAAUUGCCAUGCGCAGGAGUGAGGCACCACUGACAAAUAUGACAAAAAAGGGAGACAGGACAAAGAAAAAAGGUCUCCCCAAAACCAGUCCAACCCAACAAGCUCUUAAUUCAGGGAUAGUACCAGCAAUCCUUUAUUACAUGAUAGCUGCAUGAUAUCAGUCCUCAUUAGUCAAUUAAAAGUCAUCCUCUCCAUCUAAAAUAUCUCACCAGGAGAAGAAGCCUGUGCCUGCUGCACAGAAAUGCAGGCAUUAAUUUCCAGGUCAUACCAUUUACACAGCUGGCAAGAAACAGUAUUUCUUGGUUUAAAAAUAUCCAGCUAACAAAUAAUUCUUACACAUGUAGUUGUAUGACAGUGCUCAAAGAAACAAAGUUUCUGGAGGGUAUGUUGGAGUAGAGUAGAUUUGGGGUUCUUCCAUUCUUGCUCAGCUACCUAGCUUUUGUUUUCUGCUGUCUCCAGAUUCCCCAAACAUGCCAAUGCCAGCUGCUAAUUCAGUGUGUUCCCACUGAAGUGCCACCCCUGUCAACUGAAGUUUCACUAUUUCAUUUUCCAUUAGAUGUGACCAUGUGACCAGAGAAAUUACUUAUUUAUUUGAGCUGAAAAUAUAAGCAUUUUGAAGAAGCUUCCUUUUUAAGCAGAUUGGGGUUUGGGUUUGGUUUUUUUUUGUUUGUUUGUUUGUUUUGGGGGAUUUUGUUUGUUUGGUUUUUUGUUUAUUUCUGGGAAGGUUUUCAAAUAGAAUGGUUUCAAAAAGUUUUGAAAUCAUUUGACUGUGCAAGUGCCUACUUGGUAAGGAGGUUGAUGAAUUACCAUUGAACAGAAGAAGGAAAUUUAAAACAAAAACAGCCUUGGAGAUCUAAAUGAAAGCUGAAAAACCAAUAAAUGGAAACCAAAAAUGACCUAUAAAAAUGGUUAAUUUCUUCAAAGCAUGAAAAAUUUUAAAAAAAACAACUUAUUGAUAAGGAAUUAUUAGGAAAAUUACAGCUGUUUAAUUAAAACAGCUUUGAAUGAAAUCUUUCUUCCUCCUCUGCAGUGCUAAAUGUGAUAGGAAAGCUGUUUCACGUAAAUAGAGAUAGAUAUCUGGAGUGACACAGGAAUACCAGAGUCACAGAGGUACCUAUCUGGAGUCUACCAUCAGGCCCUGUGGCAGGCAGAGCAGUACAGCAGCUCCUGUGAUGAUGUAUCCUUGUGUGGUCCAUCAGUGUUCACAGGGUGUAUUUUACAGAUAUAGUUUUGAAAGAGGUAUAGCAGUAAGAUUUAAAGAAAUGGAAGUAAUUUUGCUGUUUGAUGGAUUUUCAAAGAUUUCCUUUUUUUCUGCAGCUGGCCUAAAGCCAGUUUUGCCUUGAUGAAGUAUUCUCUGAUGGUGUUGGUUUACAAGCUGUAUAUAAGCCUGUGUGUCUGUCUGUGUGUGUGGCAGUGGUGGAAGAGGGUUAUGGUUAUUUUUCUUUGCAACAGAAAAGUGUUCACCCUGAAUCUUUGGCGCGGUUCUGUGAUUUUCCACUUGCUCUAGCAUAGGGUGUGUAAGGCCUGUGUGGCUAUGAAGCAUCUUAAAAGCUCCAUCUGAAGCAGCAGGUGAUCAUGUCACCUUAAUCUCCAGCUGGAUCCCCAAAAGGACCCCUUGUCCAAGCACCAGUUCUCUCAUUAUUGCUUUAGGUAAGGGCAGAACCCCUUUGGGAGAUUGUGAAUUUCCCUCCAUGCUUCUCGAAGACCUGGGAGGAGUCCCAUGUGCUUCCAUACCCCUGAAUAGGGGUCAGAGCCCCACCACGCCUUCUGUGUGCUCAGACUUGUCUUUUGAGCAGGGUUGAUCUAGAAUACAUCCAGAUACAAAUUUGUGAGGGUUAGUGUCUCCAUCUCUCCUGAGCUGAAGCACACUCACAGCUACUCUGAGUUUCUGUAUUUUGGGGUAGGCUUUGAAGUAUUUUUCCUGAACAGAAAUUGAAGCUUUUUUACUAGGGCGUGGUUUCUAAGUUGUAGGAGCAGCUAAUUAAAAAUCUGUUAUCAGUGAUCCCAGCAUUAAGGGGCUUGACCCUGUCCAUCAGAUCUGCUCUGGCCAAGUGCCUAAGCAAGUGCUUUACUUGGAGCAUGUGACUAAUCCCCUUAACUUUGGUUGACUAUUCAUAUAUUUAAGUCAAGAAUGUGCUUUCCUGGAUGAUUUUCAGCUUCCUGCAGAGUCCAGCCCACGCUCUUCUUUUCCAGUCCUUGCCCUGUAGAUAAGGUGACACUCUGUCCUAGCCUGAACAACCAGUGUGUUCUUGGUUUCCCUUUCUGUGAAGUGGAAAUGCAGGAUCCAUAUUUGGCAGGCUCUUUCCCACACCUAGCCCUUCAGGUUGCACUUCUGGGACAAUAAAUCUCUAUGCUCCAGAGACCACAGAGCCACUGGAGUGCAGUGAAGGCAGAUACCCUAAAAUGCCCAUCCUAAGGAUGCAGGAUGAAUUGGUUGAACCCACUGCCAUCUGCAGGCUGAGGUUUUGUGUGUAAUGACUCAGUUGUGUUGCCCUGUGACUGUAAGGAGUCAGCUGCAGGGUUUCUGCUGUCCAUCCCUGCUGGGAUGCUGUACAUGUGAAGGGGCUAUGUGGCAGCAGCACACAUGCCCUGUAUCCUAUGUACCCUAUAGUGCACCAACUUCUUUAAGCUACAGCUGUUUGUGUGCUAAAUUUCCUGACCCAUAUUAGCCACCUGUAUAUAUCAUCGAUCCCUUCUUCCUCUCUGCAAACACACAACUGAUCUUUCCUCAUCUAAACAGUACAGUCCCUCCAGUUCUUUUUCUAGUUGGGCUUUUUUUUCCUUCUGCCCCAGGGACAGUCACAAGUGGAUCACAAACCACCAGUGACCAGAGCAAUUUCUUUGAAAUACCGCUUUUGAAAAAUUGUCAUUACUUUUUAAAAUGUUAUUCCAGCUGCAAUAAAAAACGAAAGGGAAAAAACAGCAUCCUCAGAGUACUCUAAACAGAGGAUCCUCAUCCUCCCAAGAGUGAAUUGUGAGAGUGCAGGUGUCCUGCUUUCCUGUGGAUGCAAGUCAUUUGGGACCAUUUUUAGCUAUGUGCCGUUCAGUGGAUGGUGAAUAAAACAAAGCUGGUGAAGGAGGAGGAGAUUGAUGUGCAGGGGCUGUCUCAGAUUCCCAAGCAUUCCUGGAAGACUGUGUCUCCAUGGCUGUCCAUUUACCCACCGUGCAGUGCCUCUGAAUCAGGCUCAUCCCUGGAGCCCCACUAAUAAGCAGAGCUCAGAAGAAAAUCACUGUAAUCUGUCCUUAAUUCUUGAGCGCCACGCUAACUGCCAGCAGCGAAAUGGAGGGAAAAUAAUAUGUUACCAAGUAUAGCUUAAAUAAAGACACACAUUAUUCGGGCUCUUUCUUCUCUGGAUCUCUACAUAGGCCUCGAAGGGCUACAGGAGUGCUCAGGCACAUUCACACAAACAACCACUGCAUUUUCUUGUCCCCAAGUUUCUCACCCCUUCGUGGUCCACACUGCUGUUGCUCAUCCAGCCAGCAAGGGAAGACUCAAGGUGAAAGACUGAGACAGUUCUGAACGAUUGCCAGGCACCAACAACAGACAAAGAGUAAAAAAUGGGCAUGAAACACAAACAGCAUAUAAAGAUUAGUGAUAGAUGAUCUUCUAAGGUCAGGAACCAAAGUUCAAAAAAGCCUAAAGCUUGAUUGCUAACUCCAGAUCCAUAUAAAAUCUUGGUUCUGCCAGUUUAAGGUGAAAACUCAAAAACCAGGGCUUAGCUCAAAACUUGCAGUCCAUUGUUUCCAGUCACAGCCAGGAAUAUAACACAACUAUUCCAUAGUCUGUUGAGGUUCUUAGAAAGCUCAGGUGCCUUAGAAAACGUUUCAGUGCUGUCUUGGUUAACAUAAAAAAUGAAAUGUGUGCUUAUACACUCACAACAUCUAUUCUUUGGCUUUAGAAAGGAAGUCAUCAGAUGGCCCUGCCUCCCUCCCUCCCUGGCACUCCCCCAGUUCAGUUUAGAGUUUCUAUCCUGUGUGCCCCACUAACACCACAAUCAAGCAGCCUUCUUCAGAGCCAUAAUUAGUGAUUGCAACAUUUUGACAACAAAUGCUGCUGGUGCCAGGGGGGUCUGACAGGGGGCUCUCAGCUUUGUGUUGACAUCAGUUGGAGAACUGGAGCCUGAUACAGUGCUGUCAAUUUAAUUGCAGUAUGCCUUGCACAAGUUUAGGAUUUAACUUGAGAAAGAGUCUAGACGACUGCCUCAAUAAAGGCCACAAGAGGGAAAUUAAAUUCUGGUCACCUCUAGUAAAGCAUUCCAAAAUCACAGAUCAAUUGUCCUUCCCUCGCUCAGGAAAGACUUUAAAUGAAAAUAUCAGUCUCAGAUAGAUUAUCUCCAGGGGAAAGUGGGAGAGUGAAAAAAAGGAGACCCAACAGCAGUUGCUUCAGAACUGGUGGAAUUCUGUGAGAAUACUCCAAUGUCACCCUCAGCAUUAGCAGCAGGAAUUGUCAGUCCCUUAUAGGACUGCACUUUUAUAUUCUUCCUUCACUGAUUAACACUCCUGCACAGUGGCAAAAAGUGACUUCCAAAGUGUUCCUGCAUAGGGUGUAUACAAAUGGGCACCCUCCCUCCCUUUUUUCCUUAAGCACACACAUGUGCACAUCCCACAUGAUGUGGAUGCCAGGAACCUGUGAAAGUGUCCAAUAUAGGCAGAAAAUACAUAGCAAAAUGCAGCAUGAUUGUUCUCGUUCUUUUACACUUAUCUCAGGAGUUGCAAUGCAGUUCAGAUGCCAUCUGUGACCCUGUUGGGUUGUGCACGCAGACCACAUGCAAACUCUCUGCUGGAGAUGCAUGAGGGAGCACAGUACAACUGGGAUAAAUUUGGUAUUUUCCAUCAAAAAGUGUUUGGCUAUUUAAGGAAAAGUUUCCAAUGUAUCCCCUCCAAAUCAGAAAUGUUUACAAUCCCACUGUGUAGCGAUCCCACUGUGCCAAGAGGCAGUGCCAUGGCAGGACACCCCUGAGCCUGCACAGGGCUCGUGCAGGUUGUUGGCAGCAUGAAGACUGUGGUUGAAGCUGCUGGGCAGAGCAGGGAGCUUCACAUCUCGUGGGUCUGAGCCCUACCUGCAGCAGCAGGACACAGGAAUAUCUCUGUAAAGGCAGUUCCUUCAAGUGGCCUCAUUACUAUGCCAGUGGGUCAGAAAUGCUCAAGCAGCAACAGCAAUUCUGCAGUAGCUGAGAUAAAGAGCUAAGCCUUCAAAAACCUGUGGGUUUUGCCCCAGUUUCAAAACUAUGCAGACUCCAAGGAGUGUGACUCAGUUAUGGCUUAGUCUUCUGAGGCCAGAUACACCAAACAGCUUCAGUACCCAAUUCCUCUUCAGACACUGAGUAAAACACUAAGUGCUUUUGGUGCCUAUAUGUUUUUUGAAAAAAACUUACACACUCCUAAUUUGCUUAAACUCUCAUGAUGUUUUAUCUCAAGAAGAGUUUUCUUCUGUCUGUAGAGCAUAAGGCUGUAUUUUUUUUUUUUACAAAGAGCUAUUCAUUAACAAUGUAGAUCAUAAGAAAAAGGUUCGAGUAAUCAGAACAACAAAAGUGCAGCCUUAGACUGUUCAGUUAGAGCGUACUGAAUUAUUUAUAACUCCUGGGCACCAACAGCAAUCCCAGAUAUCUAAUUUAAACUGUUACUAUUUUUACUUGGCAAUUUCCAUCACUUAGAGUGUUUAAAUCCAUGUAUUUGCGGUUUGAUCUUUUGCAGGACAAAAUUUCCCUUACUUACACAGAAAAGCAUAUUUGGGAACUUUUGAAGGUAUUUUUCUGCAGUAACUUUAAUUAUUUUAAAGCCUUUUGAGGCCUAGUAUGACAGAUGUUACAACUUUCAAAACUGUAAACUGUAUCUAAAAUGGUUUAGAACUUUCAGUUCUUUAAAUCCUCUUUGAUUACAGGUCAUUUGGAUCAAGGAGAAAUUUCUUUCAUUAGCAGAUGUAAGACUGGGUCCUAUUUAUAUGUACAUGUGAUGAGGGGACUUGGGUAAGGGGGCUGCACUUCUAUGUCAGCCCACUUAAGGAUCUUUUGCAUAGAUGCAGGAAAAGUCACUGCUAAGUCACUCCAACUUUCUACCAAUCUCUUUUUGUAAAAAGCAACCAUUUUACUUGUGUGUGGCUGGAAUAAAGCAUUAUUAAAUCUAGCCCAUAGGCUGACACACAUAUACUUGUAUAUAUGUGUAUAUUUGUAUGUAUAUUUGUAAAUUUAUGAAAAAUGUCCGUAUCAUCGUGAUUGCCUGAAAUAACCUGAGGUUGAUGUACAGAUUUUCAGGCAAAGGACUGUUUUUUUUUCACGAUCCUCAUGUAUCUCAGUUUUAAACCAAAACAAACUAAAAAGUACUAUUUCCCAGGAAAAUCCUCAUUUUGCCAUUGAACCAGUUGAGGAGGGGUACCACACUCAAGCCAACGGCAUGCACAUCCACACACGUACAUCCAGUCAAAGAACUGGGUCUCAAGGGCUUUUUUAAGGAAAAGGAAUGGACUGAAAAAGCAAUGGUAGGAUUUCUGUUCAGCAUUAGCUCUCUCAAUUGAUUCUCUUGUCCUUUAUUAGGAGGCCCUUUGUACAGAUGCUGUUCUCUUUAGGUGUACAUUUGGGAGGAGCGCCUUGGUCUGUGACCCUGAGCCACCGAAAGGCCAGGAUUUUCUGACCUGCCUUUGUCCCCAUUAACCUUAGACAUUUAUCUGAGUUCAUGAUGUUAAUGAGCCCAUCUCCCUUGGCUUCUUGUACAGGUAGGGAAGAGAGACAGUUGCUUACAGGUGGUGAUCUAGAAAAACUGACAUCUAAGAUUUAGGAGCUCCUUCUUGCUUCAUGCAAUGACCACUCACCUGCCUUGGGUGAUCCAAAGAUCUUAAAAGAUCUUAAAUCCUGGUGAGGUGAACCAGGAUUUAGGUGAACCUAGUGCAGAAGAGCAUCCAUAUGGAGAUCAGCCAUGUCUGUGUGCUUUGGGUGCAUGGCCUGGGUUCACCUGUAAAACACAGGUUUUAAUUGUGAAAUCCAGUUGGAACAAAAGGAGAUGUUCACAACAGCCUUCCCCUCCCGAACUGCAGCAUGAUUGCAAAAGGAUAGGGCUUGUCCCAACCCCUGGAAAUAGCAUUUGAGGUGAGUGCCUUGUGAUGGCCUCCAGGCACAGAUGACUGGGUGAACCCAGUGCUGGAGGUCAGAGGUCUUUGGUCCGAACUCUUCACCUUUCUCUGCCAGUCCUGCACAUUGCUGAAGCAGUUCAAAGAGUAAAUUUAAAUGUUUGAACAGCUGAGCUGCUCAAAGGUUACUUUUCUUGCUUUAUUUUUCCCCAAACUGGACUGAAAAAGUCAUCUAGCUGGUAGUGAUAAUCAAAAAAUUCUCCUCCAAGAUACAGUCUGGGUAGUUUCAUAUUCUUUUUUUCAAUGUUAAUAACUGCUUUACAAACAGCUUACAUGGAGAUUAAAGAGAUUGCAAUUUCAUCCCUUAUUGUUGGGAUUAUUCUUGUCCUCAGAAAAACCAAGAUGAGGACUCAAAAAGAGGAUGAACUGUGGCUGUAUUAUUCAGAAAGCUGCUUUGACAAGACUGAACAUACAUCUCCAUCUCAUGGUGAGUCUCUCAGAGCCAAAAUUUGGAAUUGCAUAUUGACAGUGAGUCUACCUAGAAGGACCAGCAGUUUAAUCUAGUAUUAGAACUUUGAAACUCUUGUAUAUAAGUCCCAUAUAUUACCUGAAUAAAAGAAACAGUCAGAGGAGUGGAAAAAUUAAACUGAUUUCUGAAAACUCUAAGGCUAAAUGAACUUUGGAUCUUGUACAAAUUUAUGGUCACUACUAUUUGUUUCUACAGCUAAAUUUAAGUCAGUGACUCGACAAUCUUCACCCAUCUCUCAGAACAACUUUAUUUUUAAAAAUAUUGUUAAGGUUUUGACAAGAGGCGCUUCAGCUGACCUGCAGGGAAUUGUAAAAUAAAGAUCCAAUAUUGUGUACUAGUACUUAAGGAAAGGCUUUAGUUAGAAAGUGGAAGAUAAAGCUGAGUUCCAGGGAUCAAAUGUUAUUUUUCAGCAUGGUACUACCUUGCCCAAGCUGUAGUGUAUCAUCCUGACAUUCUUCUCCUGUUCUCCCUUUCCCUUUUUUGAGGAGUAAGAUAUGUAUCUCUGUCUCCCUCUCUUCCUUUUCCUCCCUGUGUGUAAGAAUACAGACAUACUUCCUGUAAAGACAUUUUUCUCUAAAUUUCAUUCCAUACCAGCUCUUGCAUAUGUGACUGUUUUGUUAUUUGAGAUGUCUGUGGUAAAGAAAUAAAGGCUUUAAGAGUGAACUCUGGAAAUGAGGAGGAGUUUGAGAAUAUAUCAAAUUUACAGAUGCAGCACCAUUUUCUGCAAGAUUUUUUAGAAUGUUCCUAAAUUCUCAUCAUCACUCUUUUGCCCUCCCUCUCUGUGAGAGGGAUGAGGAAGGUACUGGGAUGUGGGACUCUCAAAGGUUGCUCUUUAAACUGUUGACUCACAGUGUCCCACAAGGAUUUUGCAGGUUUUUCAGAGUUUUAGUGUCAAAGAAAACCUCCUUUUAAAAAGUCAGUGCACAGCAUCACAUGGCAGGAGGUUCUAAGGGGUGACUCCAUACCAGUUUAUCUUUGUUUCCCAUUCGUUACAACAGUCCUGGCAUACAGCCAUGCACAUUCUCCUCCCUUCUGGGUUCACUUUGCCAAGAUGUGGCUUGCCAAGGGGAGCCUGCCUGACCUCCCACCAUUGGGAUUGCUCUUGGAUUAUCUUCUUGGAUAACUUUCCAUUUUCUCUCAAAAAACCCAUCUCACGUCCUAAUGAGAGCUGUAAGCGCUCCUGUGACCCUGCCACAGAGAGCAAAUGCCCAGGCUCCAGGGGACAGAGCAGUGCCUGGCACUGGGGUGAUCCUGGGGGUAAGGAAGGAGAAUGGGUGGAGCUCUCAGGCCACCAGAGCUCCAGUGUCACCUUCCCCUGUGAGCUCUCCUGCUGCUCGUGAACCUCUGGGCCAGUUCAGAGCAAGGGUCUGACUCUCACUCUCCCACUUGUGCCCAUGGGAAAUGGGUGUGGAUGUGCAAAACACGUCUAUGUGAGGGCACAAGUGCUGGGUGCAAGGAGCAGGGAGAAACCAGACACGCUGGACUCCCCACCAUCCACUGUGGACACAUCUCACAAAGAUAUUUGCUCUUCAGGAUUUCUUCUGACCCAAGUAAUAUUCAGCUUAACCACAUGCUGCCACACUGGCCAGAAGUUUUUGGAGGGUUUCCCUUUCUUGACUUUCUCAUUGGUCCUUUUUUCCUUAUGUUUUUUUUCUCCCUUGCUCAGAAGAAACGAAGCAGUUCCCAUAAUCAUCCUUGAUGAUGAUGAAAGUUGCAGUCAUCAUUGUUUCUAAUUGACAGUUUGGGAAGCUUAGGAUAAUAAUUCACUUAAAUGCCUGCAAAUUGAAGUAUGUCAGCACUUUCCUAGGACAUUCCCAAGUAAAAUAAUAUGACUGGUACAGGACAUUUGUCAUCUUGGCCAGCUGUUUAUGUUUCCUCUAAGUGCAGCACACACACAUCAAAGCUGGAUUAAGAAAGACCCAGAAUGACACAAUACUCAGGCAUAUUCAGAGAAAUGCAGCAAUACAUCACAUUUAUCUGGCAUAUUUUCUCUAUAGAAAAUUUUAUGAGUCCCAUCAGACCUAUCUGAGGCAGGUAGGUAUUACAGCCAUUUUGGAGAUGGGAAGCCAAAAGCCUGGGAAAAGACCUUCUAUUAAGUGGUUUGGUGCCCCCUCACAAGUUCUACCAGCUGCAGGUGGAGCCUUCUCUUCCUAGCACUUUUGAAAAUCCAGACUGCAGCUGGUUUACUCAAAUCUGCAAAUAGGAAAGCCAGGAUUAGGACACUCAGGAUCCUGAUUUCUUCAGAGCACUGCUACAGAGCUUUGAUCCCACAAAGCACUUGCCUAAUUUCAAGCAUAAAUUUCCCAUUAAGGAUGCUUUUGUCAUGCUUAAAGCUAGGUACAUGCCUAAGUGCUUUGCUAGAUGGGAAUUACAUUGAAAUAUAUAAAACUUUAACAUAUUUGAAAAGUCCAAAACCAUAUCCAUUUCUGAUUAUGGUUAGGGCAUUGUAAAGAAUAUCUGAGCUCUGUUUGCAGCUGUUCAAUCAAGUGGAGCGCUUUUUAGCCAAUACACACAGAGUUUUAUGACUUUUGAGUAGUAACAUCCAGUUGUCAGAACUAAUAGAGAGUGACAUGUCCUGUGAGGUUGGGACCUCUGUGCUGCUGUAAGGGGCGAAGUGGCUCCUGUGGCCAUCGGUGCUAACAAUACAUCAACAACCACUGACUAUUUUGUUCGGUUGUUCUGGUGAGAUAUGAGUGUGGUGGCUAAUUUCACAAGUAGUGUGACAUCAAGUGUAGUGUACUUUUCCAUUUCUUCCCGUAAUCUGUUGCAGCAGAGGUGAUCAGAAUUUGUUUAAACAUGAAAGACCCCCAAAUUUCUUGUUCUGUUAAUCCAAGGUGCUAAUCUGGAGACACACGGGUGUUUGUGUUUGUGCAUCAGUGUUUGCAGGACUGUGGCCCUGAAGGAACAUUUUACUGGCAGAGUUAAGAUCAGGGAACUAAUAGGGAGAAUGAACAAACCCCUAUAACUUUGGAAGACAAGAGUUGCAGAAAGCAUCACAGGACUUUGCUGAAAAACUGGCUACAUCUUACAGUUUCCUUUUUGUUUGAUUUGUUUUGGUUUUGGUUUUAUUCAGAUUGGCACAGAAUACUGUAUUUCCAUUGAUUAAAAUCUUGUCUGGUAACUAACUAAACAACUUGUUCAUGGAAAAUUAAAAAAUAAUAAGUAAACUGUCAGUUGUGGAAUGUAAACUGAUUAAACAAAUAAAAAAAAAUCAUGUUGUGUGUUUUAA